AUGAAGCUCUCUCGCGAGUAUGCGAGCCUCUUUGAGGACUCCGCAGCCUUUGGCGAGAUUCAUCCCGAGCCCAAACGUGCCAGCAACCCGACCGCGGAGCGAAUUCUCUCCAUCAUCCAGGCUUUCGGUCCCGCCGACGCGCGAGAGGUUCACCGACCAGUGUUCGAAGAGUCCGUGAGACGUGCGGUGACGAACAACAAGCCCAUCCAGAUGGUGCUUCCCGCAUUCCCAUUCAAGUCUCCGAAUCACCGCGAAAAGACCCUCGGCAACUUUCCCGACCUGGGUGAAGAGUUGGCGCUCGCCCGGCUGGACAGCCUGCGCGCGCAGGUCUGUGAUGUGUAUCCCGACACAGAAAUUACCAUCGUUUCUGAUGGGCUUGUCUACAAUGAUCUUCUCGGCGUCAGUGAAGAAGAUGUUUUCCGGUACGGUAUGGCUCUCCGCGAAUUGGCGGCCGAGAAGUUCCCCCUCUUGAAGUUUGCUCGUCUCCGUGACCUCUACUCGGAGGUUGUCAACGCUACCACCCUGGAAGAGUACGUCGCCAACUCAUCCUACUGCCGGGAGAAGAUCAUGAGAGACUUUCUCCCCCCAGGAUUCGACGCUCACGUCGCAGUGAGAGACGACAUCAACGUGCUCACGACCUAUCGCGGCUAUAUCAAAUUCCUCGAGUCGGAUCUGUGCGAAGAGCCUUCGAGACAAGGCCUGAGCAAGAAGAAGGUCAAGCACAUGAAUGAAGCCACCGCCAGAGCCAUGAUCACGAGAGGAGCAGCCUUCUCCGCAGCGGUCAAAUUCGCUUUCCCGGAUGCAGUCCGCAUUUCCAUUCACGCCUCGCACCACGAGUACAAGAUGCCGAUCUCGCUCCUGCCGGGGAAGACGUGCGGGUACACGACCCCUUGGCACUCUGCCACUGCCAUGGAGCAAGACGGAUCUUUCCACUUCGGACAUCGAGACGUCUUUGACAGCGACGAGAACUACGAGCUCGUGUAUCGUCAUGGUCGACCCAGCUAUUUCAGACGCAAGUCCGAGCUCUACAACUGGGGCACCGACGUUGAGAUCCAUCCCAUAUACCCGUGUGGGCUGAUGAUCACGCCCAAGGGGCCGGCCGCGCUGCAAGACAUUGAGAUGAGGAAGGUCCGCGGGCUGGCGGAGUACAACUCUCCGGUUGUCAUGCGCGGCUUCAGGGACACCAAGGACCUCGAGAGCUUCAAGGGGAAGGCCAGAGAGAUGGGGACCAUCCUGCCGUGGAAGUUCGGCGAGGUGCUGGUGGUGAAAGACGGCGGCGCCGAGACCAUGGGCCUGAACGACGUUCUCAGCUCCGAGCCCAUGCCCAUGCAUUUCGACGGCCUCUUCAAGACCAAGAAGAUCGACGUCGCCGGCGUCGAGAAGCUGGUUCCCCAAGCUCCACAAUUCCAAUUCUUCACCGUCGUCACACCCUCCCCAGAGAACUCCGGCCUCACCCUCUUCGCCUCCUCCCGCCUCUUCUUCGAGCACCUCCCCGGGCCCUACAGCCUCUCCCAGCUGCGCGCCCUAACCUGGAGCGUCGAAACGCCGGCCUUCAACCACACCAGACUCUCCGAGCUCGACCUCGUCGUCCCGCACCCGACGCUCCAGACGCCCUGCCUGCGCUACCACGAGCCGUGGGGCCGCGACAAGACGCGGUUCGAUCCCACCGCGGUGCACAUCGCGGACGGCGCGCACGAUCACCUGCUGCCGGUCAUCGACGCCCUGCUGUAUGAUCGCCGCGUGUGCUACAGCCAUGAGUGGCGCGAAGGGGACCUAAUUGUGAGUGAUAAUAUUAACAUGUUGCAUACGCGCAGCGGGUUCGAGGCUGGGGAGCCGAGAGAGCUGUGGAGGAUUCAUGUUGAGUGA